CACCGAUGCUGGCAUCGAUGGUUUUUCACCUCUAAUCGUCGGGAAAAGUGCACAAAACCCAAAAAACCGCUGUUUUCUGGUGCAGUUAGUGAAGCUGAUUGGUGAAAACUUGUGGCGCGAACUGCGACGCAAAAAUCCAGGAAUCAAGAGGAGCAAUUAAAGAUUUAAAUCGAACGAAAUGUCCAACUCGGAGAAGAUGCAGGGCCAGGAGCACGACGAGGACCAGUCCUCCGACGUGGAGGAGUCUGCCGAUAAUGUGGGCCGCGAUGAGGGCACCGACGAGGACGAGGACAGCAACGGCAACAUGCAGCACGAGGAUGGUGAUAAUGAUGGCGAUGGCCAGGAGCAAUCCGGCGACGAGGAGCAGAACAACGGCCAGGGCAACGAGGGCAACAAUUGCUCCGGGCAGCAGCAACAGCAGAUGGACCGCACCAGCGCCACCAAUCUGAUCAUUAACUACUUGCCGCAGGACAUGACCGACCGCGAGCUGUACAAUCUCUUCAGCGGCUGCGGGCCCAUCAACACCUGCAAGAUUAUGCGCGACUUCAAGACCGGAUACAGCUUCGGCUACGGCUUCGUGGACUACAAAAUGGAGUCGGACUCGGAGGACGCCAUCCAGAAGCUGAACGGGUUCUAUGUGCGCAACAAGCGAUUGAAGGUUUCCUAUGCCCGACCUGGUGGGCAGUCCAUCAAGGAUACCAACCUGUACGUGAUCAAUCUUUCGCGGAACAUCAACGAUGAUAUGCUCGACCGCAUCUUUUCGCCCUUCGGCCUGAUUGUACAGCGCAACAUCCUGCGGGACAAGCUCACCGGACGUCCGCGCGGCGUCGCUUUUGUGCGCUACAACAAGCGCGAAGAAGCUCAGGAGGCGAUUAAAGCCCUAAACAACACGGUGCCGGAAGGCGGAUCCCAGCCAAUCUGGGUGCGCCUCGCCGAGGAGCACGGCAAGGCCAAAGCGGCCCAGUUUAUGUCCCAGAUCGGAGGUGGCAACGGUGGAGGAAGCGGUGGCCCGCCGCACAUGGGUCCCAAUGGGCCGAUGCAGCCGCCACAUCACCAUAAUAAUCACCACCACAACAACCACCAUAAUCCGCAUUUGCCGCCGCAUCACCAUCAGCAACAACAUCCCCACCAGCACCCGCACCACCAUCCGCCGCUGCACCACAUGCAGCACCACCAUCCCAACAACCACAACAACAAUCACCACAAUAACCAUCAUAACAACAACAACAACAACAACCACCAUAACAUGGGUGGUCCGCAUCCCCACCACAUGCAGCAAAUGCACCCGAUGGGCAUGAACAUGGGCAUGGGCGUAAACAUGGGAAUGGGCAUGGGCAUGGGUAUGCCCAUCCACGGAGGCGGCGGCGGCGGUGGAGGCGGUGGUGGCUUCCACCACAUGGCGCACAGAGGUAGAUCUAAUAGAACAACACGAUCUCAAAAACCGCAUCCAUAUAACCAUGCACAGAAAUUUAUUUAAACGCCAUUAAUUUCUUUACACGAUAUUAGCUGCAUCUCACAGGUGAAGUGUUCAUGCUGCCAUUGCCGAUUUGCAGCCGAUUUCCCAGCCAGCCGCAACCUGUAGGCAAUGGCACUUGCCACAGCCCCAACAAGAACAACCAGAGCAACUGCAGCAGCAGAUUCAGUAUGAACCACCGCCCGUAAGCCAGCAGAACAACCAGAUAUCACCCACAUUCGGUCAUAGAUCCCAUUCCGACUACCUAGUGCCGCUUUACUUUCCAGUCGCCACCUAUCUAUCAGCCGCCUCCUGCUCUCUGCCAACCACAAUUACGGCCUACCCAGCUGUGUUGGCUCUUUCCGAUCCAGUUGCUGACACAGCAAUAGUCAUACCCACCUACCCAGAAGCCACAUCGCAAUUUUCCGAGUUAGCUUUAGCUCCACCCGUUUCACUCCCUGUCCCUAUCCCGGAAGCAAGUCCUGAUGUGGGAGUGAGUGGCGGUUGCAUGAGUUUCUAUAACAUAAACGAAGAUCUGGUCAACUCGGUCACCUACUACGACACGGCCAACGGCGAGAUGUGUGCCAUGGGGCUGGUGUACGUGAGCUACCAGGAGCCAACGAUGCCAGAGGAGCACACGGAUGCCAUGACUCUGAUUGCCCAGAUGAGCAAUGCAUCGCUGGUAGACGGAGACGGCGAAGAAGGCGGGGCAGAUGGAGAGGGCGACGGACGUGGCGGGCACAACGGGCGCGCAGGCGGUGGCAGCUCCGAAUAGAAAAAGAUCAAAAGAUCGAGCAAAAUCGCAAGAAAACUAAGAUAUAAUCCAAAUCCAAUAACAGCCAACUCUCUCGCUCUCUCUGCGUCUCUCUAUGUGUAUGUAUGUAUGUUGUAACCCGUAUAUGUAUAUCCAUGUCAGAGAGCCAGGAAAGGUUGAGUCCAAACUAUAAAACCCAAAGCUACACUGGCCAGGAACAGCAAAUCCAAGCAUUGGCAGCAGGAGGCAAACAAGAGAUGCACGACAGGCAUGAGCAGAACAGAAAGAACACUAUCACAGAUUUUAGGCAAGCAAGUUUGAUGAUGCGUAGCGUGUAAUAAGAUGUAAGAAAUAAUGUUCCAAAGUACACAAGCCCACACAAUCCCCAACCACACAUAUAUAAAGACGGUCGGAGUCGAAUCCUUGAUGAAUGAUUUGAUGAUUUCGCGAUAAAGAUUAAAAAAAUGCACUACUAUGCGAAUUUUUAAGCAAAGUAAGAUAAAAUUCCAAUGAAUUUGUAUGAAGAGCAUACAAAAACCCAAGCAAAACAAGCAGCAAUUCAAACAGAGACAAGAAACAAUACAGAAACUUAACUAACUUAACACAAGAGUACGGUGACACUUCCGACCGGUAAGGACGGACAACGGACAUAAUGACAUGCGGACAGCGGAUGACUUGCUCUGAAUAGACGGUUAAUUUGUAGACUUUUAAGGAAACCACAAAAAGAACAAGGGUUCGUUCGCGGAACUUGCUUUUUACUACAUAAUAAUAAAUUAUUAAUGUAUAACCAAGAACCCACAACACUCUACACUAAACAACACACUUAUAUAUUAGAUAAAUAUAUAUAAAUGUAUAAACACCCGAUUCCCCGUAAAACUUCAACAAAAACUCGACAAGAAGAUCGCUGAAUAUGAAAUAAAUUUGAAAUUUUCCAACCAGCAUA